UGCACAAAAGGGGAUACUGCUUCCAAUCUGAAGCCUGAAAAAGUCAGUGUGUAACAAAAAAUAAAUAAAUUGAGUAGAUCAUGACACAAAAUCCACUUCACAACGGACAGGGUUAACUGGCAGUGGCACCACUCCCCAGUGUGACACUAGAGCCGUUUGAGUGUAACUCGAUCCCUCAGUGCUGUGCCCGGCCACUGCUCACACGUGGGGUGUCACUGUCCCUGCCGUCACUUAAACGUCCUCCUCCCCCUCCUCCCGCUGUCCCUGUCCGUCUCUCCUCCUCCUCCUCCUCCCCCCGUAGUGAGGGAGCUGCUGCUAGGAAGGGGAAUGUUCGCUGCUCCCGGCUGCAGCCUCCCAUCUUCAUGCCUAUUUUAGUCACGUCUUCCCGGCUCCUGACUGACAAACUUUCCCGGGACGAACGCACCGCAGAGCCAGACAGUCAAUACUUUUUACACUGGGACACCACAGGUUUGUACAAAACUAAAUACUAUCAAGGAUGGCGAUGCUGUUAAGAAAGACUGCUCUAUUGCUAAAUCCAUUCCUACCCUAAUGACAACAGCGUUACUUUCAGAACAUAAUCUAAUAUGGAUGAAUAGAAACCUCAAUCUGAACUGUCAUGACCAUCAAGUUAUUUCUGGAGUGGAUGUGAAAUUGUUAUGUUUCAGGAAACAAAAGAUAUGGGAAAACAACAUGAGUGGUUACUUGAAAGAAAGAAACACUGCAGUUCAGAUGUAGAAGCCAACAUGGGAACGGAAGGCAUGGAUGGCAACUUGACUUUUUGGGAGAGCCUUGUGACAGGACAUCCCGUGUGCACCAGUUGGAAGCAAGAGGCUGAGGGAUCCAUAUACCACCUGGCCAGUAUUCUCUUUGUAUUGGGCUGUAUGGGAGGAAGUGGGUUUUCUGGACUUUUAUAUGUCUACAUUUUCUUUUCUUUGAGUUUUCUCUGUACUUGUAUUUGGGCAUGGCUGGAUGUCUGCGCCGCUGAUGUUUUCUCCUGGAACUUUAUCCUCUUGAUGAUAUGUAUUGUGCAAGUUAUUCACCUCGCGUAUCAGCUGAGAAGUGUAACUUUUGAUAAAGAAUUCCAAGAUGUCUACGCUUCAGUCUUUCAACCACUGGGAAUUUCAUUAACUGUUUUUCGAAAGAUCAUCUCUUACUGUAAUGCAGAGGUGAUAACAUUGGAAAGGGAGCAUUGCUACGCAAUUCAAGGGAAAACACCCAUUGAUAAACUUUCCCUACUUGUAUCUGGAAGAAUACGUGUGACAGUUGAUGGAGAAUUUCUUCAUUACAUUUUUCCACUUCAAUUUUUGGAUUCUCCAGAAUGGGACUCACUGAGACCUUCUGAAGAGGGUGUUUUUCAGGUAACGCUUACUGCAGAAACUAAGUGCAAGUACAUUACUUGGAGGAGGAAAAAACUCUAUUUACUAUUUGCAAAGCAUCGCUUCAUCUCUAGACUUUUUUCACUGCUGAUAAGGGGAGAUAUAGCAGAUAAACUCUAUGCAUUGAAUGAAAAGGUGUUUGUCGACAGUGGAUUUCGAUUUGACAUCAGGCUUCCAAAUUAUUAUCAUAUGACCUUGCCAGAACAGUCACACUCAAGUGCUCCCACUAUUCGUGUUCAGGACUUCUCCACAAGGAGAAAAGCAACAAAGAGGCCAUAACAAACUAAUCUUCAGUUUUCUUACUCUCACUUGAAAUAUUAGCUUGAUAAUAGUCAAGAUGCUAGUAACUGUACAAAGCAAAGUGCCACUUACUGCAUUCAUCACGGACAGAAACUUAUUUAUAGUCACUGUUUUAUAACGCUCAUUAUCUACUGAUUUAUUCACAAUGCCUUCUAAUGGCAAGGCAUUUAAAUUCUUUAUUAAAUGGCAAUACACCCAUAGUAUUAUCUUUAAGGGUGAAUCAAGCAUUUCAUAAAAUAAUCAACCUUAAUCCUUGUACUAUAAAUAUUUAGUAGACAUGUGAUACAUCUUCUACUCUACAGCUGCCAAUUAAAAGUAAUACAUGUAGGGCGGUUGAUGUUCCUGUCAUGCAUCCUGUAUCCUGGUCCCUUAAAUUGUGUUUUUUCCUAUAGAACAAGCUACAGAGAAGAUAAUUAUUUAUUUCUAUCAGUCCACAAUUACUGGGAACAUCUCAAACAUCAAAUCAAGAGUUUUAUAAGCAAGACAUUCUACUAGAAAUUUCUAAUAUUAGUCAUAAAUCAAGAAAACAUGUAUUCAUAGUAAACAUUUUUUCCAUUUUAUUGUAAUGUCUUUAUUCUUUUGGAUGAUUUUCUUUUCUUCUUGUUCAUACUUGCCAGACAGACAGAAAUCAGACCCAUGUUUAAGCUGAAAUUGCACACUGCAAUUGCAAACUAACAAAAAAUCAAUGAAAAUAUAGAAGUAUUCUUCAUCAAACAUGUCUAUUCACAUCAGGAUAUAUUAUAGCUCCCAUUCAUGGGAAUUGAUAAGUAUAUAUGAAGGAAUUUCCUAGAAAUAGAUUUGUUUUGAAAUGGACUUAAUCUCUUUUUGGUCAUUAAAAAAACAAAAAAAACACAAACUUGUAUUUGGAGACACCUUAUAUACACAUUGGUGAAAGAAAUCUGCUUUUUUUGUAUGUUUUACAGGUUUGUUUAUUUAUUUUUUUAACCCCCAAAUAUGGUGAAAAUAUGCUAACUAACGGCCAUUGAAAUAACCCGUUUUUUUGUUUUUUCAUUUUGUGUGCUGAUUUUCCAUUGAUUUCAAGAAGAAACA